AUGCAACCCCCUCUUUCCUUCCUGCUCCCCCCCUUCCCCCUCCACUCUCUUUCUCUCUUUGGCGCCCUUCCCCUCUCACCUCCAUCUCCCCAACCCUCACCUCCUUCUCCCCCUCAUUUUCUUCUCCCCCUCACCUUCUUCUCCCCCUCACCUUCUUCUCCCCCUCACCUUCUUCUCCCCCUCACCUUCUUCUCCCCCUCACCUCCUUCUCCCCCUCACCUUCUUCUCCCCCUCACCUCCUUCUCCCCCUCACCUUCUUCUCCCCCUCACCUCCUUCUCCCCCUCACCUCCUUCUCCCCCUCACCUUCUUCUCCCCCUCACCUCCUUCUCCCCCUCACCUCCUUCUCCCCCUCACCUCCUUCUCCCCCUCACCUCCUUCUCCCCCUCACCUUCUUCUCCCCCUCACCUUCUUCUCCCCCUCACCUCCUUCUCCCCCUCACCUUCUUCUCCCCUCACCUCCUUCUCCCCCUCACCUUCUUCUCCCCCUCACCUCCUUCUCCCCCUCACCUUCUUCUCCCCCUCACCUUCUUCUCCCCCUCACCUCCUUCUCCCCCUCACCUUCUUCUCCCCCUCACCUCCUUCUCCCCCUCACCUUCUUCUCCCCCUCACCUCCUUCUCCCCCUCACCUCCUUCUCCCCCUCACCUUCUUCUCCCCCUCACCUCCUUCUCCCCCUCACCUUCUUCUCCCCCUCACCUCCUUCUCCCCCUCACCUCCUUCUCCCCCUCACCUUCUUCUCCCCCUCACCUCCUUCUCCCCCUCACCUCCUUCUCCCCCUCACCUUCUUCUCCCCUCACCUUCUCUCCCCUCACCUUCUUCUCCCCGCACCUCCUUCUCCCCCGCACCUCCUUCUCCCCCUCACCUCCUUCUCCCCCUCACCUCCUUCUCCCCCUCACCUCCUUCUCCCCCUCACCUCCUUCUCCCCCUCACCUUCUUCUCCCCCUCACCUUCUUCUCCCCCUCACCUUCUUCUCCCCCUCACCUCCUUCUCCCCCUCACCUUCUUCUCCCCUCACCUCCUUCUCCCCCUCACCUCCUUCUCCCCCUCACCUUCUUCUCCCCCUCACCUCCUUCUCCCCCUCACCUUCUUCUCCCCCUCACCUCCUUCUCCCCCUCACCUCCUUCUCCCCCUCACCUUCUUCUCCCCCUCACCUCCUUCUCCCCCUCACCUUCUUCUCCCACUCACCUUCUUCUCCCCCUCACCUUCUUCUCCCCCUCACCUCCUUCUCCCACUCACCUUCUUCUCCCACUCACCUUCUUCUCCCCCUCACCUCCUUCUCCCCCUCACCUUCUUCUCCCACUCACCUUCUUCUCCCCCUCACCUUCUUCUCCCCCUCACCUUCUUCUCCCCCUCACCUCCUUCUCCCCCUCACCUUCUUCUCCCCCUCACCUUCUUCUCCCCCGCACCUUCUUCUCCCCCGCACCUUCUUCUCCCCCUCACCUUCUUCUCCCCCUCACCUUCUUCUCCCCCUCACCUUCUUCUCCCCCUCACCUUCUUCUCCCCCUCACCUUCUUCUCCCCCGCACCUUCUUCUCCCCCUCACCUUCUUCUCCCCCUCACCUCCUUCUCCCCCUCACCUCCUUCUCCCCCUCACCUUCUUCUCCCCCGCACCUUCUUCUCCCCCUCACCUUCUUCUCCCCCGCACCUUCUUCUCCCCCUCACCUUCUUCUCCCCCUCACCUUCUUCUCCCCCUCACCUUCUUCUCCCCCUCACCUCCUUCUCCCCCUCACCUCCUUCUCCCCCUCACCUUCUUCUCCCCCUCACCUCCUUCUCCCCCGCACCUUCUUCUCCCCCGCACCUCCUUCUCCCCCUCACCUUCUUCUCCCCCUCACCUUCUUCUCCCCCUCACCUCCUUCUCCCCCGCACCUUCUUCUCCCCCUCACCUUCUUCUCCCCCUCACCUUCUUCUCCCCCGCACCUCCUUCUCCCCCUCACCUUCUUCUCCCCCGCACCUUCUUCUCCCCCUCACCUUCUUCUCCCCCUCACCUUCUUCUCCCCCUCACCUCCUUCUCCCCCGCACCUUCUUCUCCCCCGCACCUUCUUCUCCCCUCACCUUCUUCUCCCCCUCACCUCCUUCUCCCCCUCACCUUCUUCUCCCCCUCACCUCCUUCUCCCCCUCACCUUCUUCUCCCCCUCACCUCCUUCUCCCCCUCACCUCCUUCUCCCCCUCACCUCCUUCUCCCCCUCACCUCCUUCUCCCCCGCACCUUCUUCUCCCCCUCACCUCCUUCUCCCCCUCACCUCCUUCUCCCCCUCACCUUCUUCUCCCCCUCACCUUCUUCUCCCCCUCACCUCCUUCUCCCCCUCACCUCCUUCUCCCCCUCACCUCCUUCUCCCCCUCACCUUCUUCUCCCCCUCACCUUCUUCUCCCCCUCACCUUCUUCUCCCCCUCACCUCAUUCUCCCCCUCACCUUCUUCUUUCCUCACCUCCUUCUCCCCCUCACCUUCUUCUCCCCCUCACCUUCUUCUCCCCCUCACCUUCUUCUCCCCCUCACCUCCUUCUCCCCCGCACCUUCUUCUCCCCCUCACCUCCUUCUCCCCCGCACCUUCUUCUCCCCCUCACCUUCUUCUCCCCCUCACCUCCUUCUCCCCCUCACCUUCUUCUCCCCCUCACCUUCUUCUCCCCCUCACCUUCUUCUCCCCCUCACCUUCUUCUCCCCCUCACCUCCUUCUCCCCCUCACCUUCUUCUCCCCCGCACCUUCUUCUCCCCCUCACCUUCUUCUCCCCCGCACCUUCUUCUCCCCCUCACCUUCUUCUCCCCCUCACCUCCUUCUCCCCCUCACCUUCUUCUCCCCUCACCUUCUUCUUUCCUCACCUUCUUCUCCCCCUCACCUUCUUCUCCCCCUCACCUUCUUCUCCCCCUCACCUUCUUCUCCCCCUCACCUCCUUCUCCCCCGCACCUUCUUCUCCCCCUCACCUCCUUCUCCCCCGCACCUUCUUCUCCCCCUCACCUUCUUCUCCCCCUCAUCUCCUUCUCCCCCUCACCUUCUUCUCCCCCUCACCUUCUUCUCCCCCUCACCUUCUUCUCCCCCUCACCUUCUUCUCCCCCUCACCUCCUUCUCCCCCUCACCUUCUUCUCCCCCGCACCUUCUUCUCCCCCUCACCUUCUUCUCCCCCUCACCUUCUUCUCCCCCUCACCUUCUUCUCCCCCUCACCUCCUUCUCCCCCGCACCUUCUUCUCCCACUCACCUUCUUCUCCCCCUCACCUCCUUCUCCCCCGCACCUUCUUCUCCCCCUCACCUCCUUCUCCCCCUCACCUUCUUCUCCCCCGCACCUUCUUCUCCCCCGCACCUUCUUCUCCCCCGCACCUUCUUCUCCCCUCACCUCCUUCUCCCCCUCACCUUCUUCUCCCCCGCACCUUCUUCUCCCACUCACCUUCUUCUCCCCCUCACCUCCUUCUCCCCCGCACCUUCUUCUCCCCCUCACCUUCUUCUCCCCCUCACCUCCUUCUCCCCCUCACCUCCUUCUCCCCCUCACCUUCUUCUCCCACUCACCUUCUUCUCCCCCUCACCUCCUUCUCCCCCUCACCUCCUUCUCCCCCGCACCUUCUUCUCCCCCGCACCUUCUUCUCCCCCUCACCUUCUUCUCCCCCUCACCUCCUUCUCCCCCUCACCUUCUUCUCCCCCUCACCUUCUUCUCCCCCUCACCUUCUUCUCCCCCUCACCUCCUUCUCCCCCUCACCUUCUUCUCCCCCGCACCUUCUUCUCCCCCUCACCUUCUUCUCCCCCUCACCUUCUUCUCCCCUCACCUUCUUCUCCCCUCACCUCCUUCUCCCCCGCACCUUCUUCUCCCACUCACCUUCUUCUCCCCCUCACCUCCUUCUCCCCCGCACCUUCUUCUCCCCCUCACCUCCUUCUCCCCCUCACCUUCUUCUCCCCCGCACCUUCUUCUCCCCCCGCACCUUCUUCUCCCCCGCACCUUCUUCUCCCCCUCACCUCCUUCUCCCCCUCACCUUCUUCUCCCCCGCACCUUCUUCUCCCACUCACCUUCUUCUCCCCCUCACCUCCUUCUCCCCCGCACCUUCUUCUCCCCCUCACCUUCUUCUCCCCCUCACCUCCUUCUCCCCCUCACCUUCUUCUCCCCCGCACCUUCUUCUCCCCCUCACCUUCUUCUCCCCCUCACCUUCUUCUCCCCCUCACCUUCUUCUCCCCCUCACCUCCUUCUCCCCCGCACCUUCUUCUCCCCCUCACCUUCUUCUCCCCCUCACCUCCUUCUCCCCCUCACCUUCUUCUCCCCCUCACCUUCUUCUCCCCCUCACCUUCUUCUCCCCCUCACCUUCUUCUCCCCCUCACCUCCUUCUCCCCCUCACCUUCUUCUCCCCCGCACCUUCUUCUCCCCCUCACCUUCUUCUCCCCCUCACCUCCUUCUCCCCCUCACCUUCUUCUCCCCCGCACCUUCUUCUCCCCCUCACCUUCUUCUCCCCCUCACCUCCUUCUCCCCCUCACCUCCUUCUCCCCCGCACCUUCUUCUCCCACUCACCUUCUUCUCCCCCGCACCUUCUUCUCCCCCUCACCUUCUUCUCCCCCUCACCUUCUUCUCCCCCUCACCUUCUUCUCCCCCUCACCUCCUUCUCCCCCUCACCUCCUUCUCCCCCGCACCUUCUUCUCCCACUCACCUUCUUCUCCCCCUCACCUUCUUCUCCCCCUCACCUUCUUCUCCCCCUCACCUUCUUCUCCCCCUCACCUCCUUCUCCCCUCACCUUCUUCUCCCCCGCACCUUCUUCUCCCCCUCACCUCCUUCUCCCCCUCACCUUCUUCUCCCCCGCACCUUCUUCUCCCCCUCACCUUCUUCUCCCCCUCACCUCCUUCUCCCCCUCACCUCCUUCUCCCCCGCACCUUCUUCUCCCACUCACCUUCUUCUCCCCCGCACCUUCUUCUCCCCCCUCACCUUCUUCUCCCCCUCACCUUCUUCUCCCCCUCCCUCCUUCUCCCCCUCACCUUCUUCUCCCCCGCACCUUCUUCUCCCCCUCACCUUCUUCUCCCCCUCACCUUCUUCUCCCCCUCACCUUCUUCUCCCCCUCACCUCCUUCUCCCCCGCACCUUCUUCUCCCACUCACCUUCUUCUCCCCCUCACCUCCUUCUCCCCCGCACCUUCUUCUCCCCCUCACCUCCUUCUCCCCCGCACCUUCUUCUCCCCCUCACCUCCUUCUCCCCCGCACCUUCUUCUCCCACUCACCUUCUUCUCCCCCUCACCUCCUUCUCCCCCUCACCUUCUUCUCCCCCUCACCUUCUUCUCCCCCUCACCUUCUUCUCCCCCUCACCUUCUUCUCCCCCUCACCUCCUUCUCCCCCUCACCUUCUUCUCCCCCGCACCUUCUUCUCCCCCUCACCUUCUUCUCCCCCGCACCUUCUUCUCCCCCUCACCUUCUUCUCCCCCUCACCUCCUUCUCCCCCUCACCUUCUUCUCCCCCUCACCUUCUUCUUUCCUCACCUUCUUCUCCCCCUCACCUUCUUCUCCCCCUCACCUUCUUCUCCCCCUCACCUUCUUCUCCCCCUCACCUCCUUCUCCCCCGCACCUUCUUCUCCCCCUCACCUCCUUCUCCCCCGCACCUUCUUCUCCCCCUCACCUUCUUCUCCCCCUCACCUCCUUCUCCCCCUCACCUUCUUCUCCCCCUCACCUUCUUCUCCCCCUCACCUUCUUCUCCCCCUCACCUUCUUCUCCCCCUCACCUCCUUCUCCCCCUCACCUUCUUCUCCCCCGCACCUUCUUCUCCCCCUCACCUUCUUCUCCCCCUCACCUUCUUCUCCCCCUCACCUUCUUCUCCCCCUCACCUCCUUCUCCCCCGCACCUUCUUCUCCCACUCACCUUCUUCUCCCCCUCACCUCCUUCUCCCCCGCACCUUCUUCUCCCCCUCACCUCCUUCUCCCCCUCACCUUCUUCUCCCCCGCACCUUCUUCUCCCCCUCACCUUCUUCUCCCCCUCACCUUCUUCUCCCCCUCACCUUCUUCUCCCCUCACCUCCUUCUCCCCCGCACCUUCUUCUCCCACUCACCUUCUUCUCCCCCUCACCUCCUUCUCCCCCGCACCUUCUUCUCCCCCUCACCUUCUUCUCCCCCUCACCUCCUUCUCCCCUCACCUUCUUCUCCCCCGCACCUUCUUCUCCCCCUCACCUUCUUCUCCCCCUCACCUUCUUCUCCCCCUCACCUUCUUCUCCCCCUCACCUCCUUCUCCCCCGCACCUUCUUCUCCCCCUCACCUUCUUCUCCCCCUCACCUCCUUCUCCCCCUCACCUUCUUCUCCCCCUCACCUUCUUCUCCCCCUCACCUUCUUCUCCCCCUCACCUUCUUCUCCCCCUCACCUCCUUCUCCCCCUCACCUUCUUCUCCCCCGCACCUUCUUCUCCCCCUCACCUUCUUCUCCCCCUCACCUUCUUCUCCCCUCACCUUCUUCUCCCCCUCACCUCCUUCUCCCCUCACCUCCUUCUCCCCCGCACCUUCUUCUCCCACUCACCUUCUUCUCCCCCUCACCUUCUUCUCCCCCUCACCUUCUUCUCCCCCUCACCUUCUUCUCCCCCUCACCUCCUUCUCCCCCUCACCUUCUUCUCCCCCGCACCUUCUUCUCCCCCUCACCUUCUUCUCCCCCUCACCUUCUUCUCCCCCUCACCUUCUUCUCCCCCUCACCUCCUUCUCCCCCUCACCUCCUUCUCCCCCGCACCUUCUUCUCCCACUCACCUUCUUCUCCCCCUCACCUUCUUCUCCCCCUCACCUUCUUCUCCCCCUCACCUUCUUCUCCCCCUCACCUUCUUCUCCCCCGCACCUUCUUCUCCCCCUCACCUUCUUCUCCCCCUCACCUUCUUCUCCCCCUCACCUUCUUCUCCCCCUCACCUCCUUCUCCCCCGCACCUUCUUCUCCCACUCACCUUCUUCUCCCCCUCACCUCCUUCUCCCCCGCACCUUCUUCUCCCCCUCACCUCCUUCUCCCCCGCACCUUCUUCUCCCCCUCACCUCCUUCUCCCCCGCACCUUCUUCUCCCACUCACCUUCUUCUCCCCCUCACCUUCUUCUCCCCCUCACCUUCUUCUCCCCCUCACCUCCUUCUCCCCCUCACCUUCUUCUCCCCCGCACCUUCUUCUCCCCCUCACCUUCUUCUCCCCCUCACCUUCUUCUCCCCCUCACCUUCUUCUCCCCCUCACCUCCUUCUCCCCCGCACCUUCUUCUCCCACUCACCUUCUUCUCCCCCUCACCUCCUUCUCCCCCGCACCUUCUUCUCCCCCUCACCUCCUUCUCCCCCGCACCUUCUUCUCCCCCUCACCUCCUUCUCCCCCGCACCUUCUUCUCCCACUCACCUUCUUCUCCCCCUCACCUCCUUCUCCCCCUCACCUUCUUCUCCCCCUCACCUUCUUCUCCCCCUCACCUUCUUCUCCCCUCACCUUCUUCUCCCCCUCACCUCCUUCUCCCCCUCACCUUCUUCUCCCCCGCACCUUCUUCUCCCCCUCACCUCCUUCUCCCCCUCACCUUCUUCUCCCCCGCACCUUCUUCUCACCCCUCACCUCCUUCUCCCCCUCACCUUCUUCUCCCCCUCACCUUCUUCUCCCCCGCACCUUCUUCUCCCCCUCACCUCCUUCUCCCCCCGCACCUUCUUCUCCCCCUCACCUUCUUCUCCCCCGCACCUUCUUCUCCCCUCACCUCCUUCUCCCCCUCACCUUCUUCUCCCCCUCACCUUCUUCUCCCCCGCACCUUCUCCCCCGCACCUUCUUCUCCCCUCACUCGUCUACCCCGCACCUUCUCUCCCCCUCACCUUCUUCUCCCCCGCACCUUCUUCUCCCCCGCACCUUCUUCUCCCCUCACCUCCUUCUCCCCCCUCACCUUCUUCUCCCCCUCACCUUCUUCUCCCCCUCACCUUCUUCUCCCCCUCACCUCCUUCUCCCCCGCACCUUCUUCUCCCCCUCACCUUCUUCUCCCCCUCACCUUCUUCUCCCCCUCACCUUCUUCUCCCCCUCACCUUCUCUCCCCCUCACCUCCUUCUUCCCCCCUCACCUUCUUCUCCCCCUCACCUCCUUCUCCCCCGCACCUUCUUCUCCCCUCACCUCCUUCUCCCCCUCACCUUCUCUCCCCUCACCUUCUUCUCCCCCUCACCUUCUUCUCCCCCUCACCUUCUUCUCCCCCUCACCUUCUUCUCCCCCUCACCUCCUUCUCCCCCUCACCUUCUUCUCCCCCUCACCUCCUUCUCCCCCUCACCUUCUUCUCCCCCUCACCUUCUUCUCCCCCUCACCUUCUUCUCCCCCUCACCUCCUUCUCCCCCUCACCUUCUUCUCCCCCUCACCUUCUUCUCCCCCUCACCUUCUUCUCCCCCUCACCUUCUUCUCCCCCUCACCUUCUUCUCCCCCUCACCUCCUUCUCCCCCUCACCUUCUUCUCCCCCUCACCUCCUUCUCCCCCUCACCUUCUUCUCCCCCUCACCUCCUUCUCCCCCUCACCUUCUUCUCCCCCUCACCUUCUUCUCCCCUCACCUUCUUCUCCCCUCACCUCCUUCUCCCCCUCACCUUCUUCUCCCCCUCACCUUCUUCUCCCCCUCACCUUCUUCUCCCCCUCACCUUCUUCUCCCCCUCACCUUCUUCUCCCCCUCACCUUCUUCUCCCCCUCACCUUCUUCUCCCCCUCACCUUCUUCUCCCCCUCACCUUCUUCUCCCCCUCACCUUCUUCUCCCCCUCACCUUCUUCUCCCCCUCACCUUCUUCUCCCCCUCACCUUCUUCUCCCCCUCACCUUCUUCUCCCCCUCACCUUCUUCUCCCCCUCACCUUCUUCUCCCCCUCACCUUCUUCUCCCCCCUCACCUUCUUCUCCCCCUCACCUUCUUCUCCCCCUCACCUCCUUCUCCCCCGCACCUUCUUCUCCCACUCACCUUCUUCUCCCCCGCACCUUCUUCUCCCCCUCACCUUCUUCUCCCCCUCACCUUCUUCUCCCCCUCACCUCCUUCUCCCCCGCACCUUCUUCUCCCCCUCACCUUCUUCUCCCCCUCACCUUCUUCUCCCCCUCACCUUCUUCUCCCCCUCACCUUCUUCUCCCCCUCACCUUCUUCUCCCCCUCACCUUCUUCUCCCCCUCACCUUCUUCUCCCCCUCACCUUCUUCUCCCCCUCACCUUCUUCUCCCCCUCACCUUCUUCUCCCCCUCACCUUCUUCUCCCCCUCACCUCCUUCUCCCCCGCACCUUCUUCUCCCACUCACCUUCUUCUCCCCCGCACCUUCUUCUCCCCCUCACCUUCUUCUCCCCCUCACCUUCUUCUCCCCCUCACCUUCUUCUCCCCCUCACCUUCUUCUCCCCCUCACCUUCUUCUCCCCCUCACCUUCUUCUCCCCCUCACCUUCUUCUCCCCCUCACCUCCCCCAUCAUCUUCCCCCUUCCUCACCUUCGUUUGCCUUCCCCCCUCCGCUCACCUUAUCCUCCCCCCCUUCACCUUAUCCUCCCCCCCCUCACCUUAUUCUCCCCCCCCUCACCUUAUUCUCCCCCCCAUCACCUUAUCCUCCCCCACCCUCACCUUCUUCUUCUCCCCCUCCUUCGCCUCCAGCGCCUUCUGCGUUGCUUCCAUGGCCUGCAGCGUCUCAGGAUCCACGUCAGCAAGAACUCUCCCCCCCGACGCGGAUCUGUCCACGUCAGCAAUCACCCUACCCUCUGCCGCAGCCCCAUUUCCGGCGCGCACAGGGGGGCCGCCAAGCGGGGGAGGGGGCGGCGCGGAGAAGGGGUAGUGCGGGGGGGGCGGAGGAGGGGGGAGGAUGGGAGGGGCGGAGGCGGACGGGGGAGGGGGGAACGACGGCGGGAGGGCUGGGGGGUGGGGGAGGGGUGGGGGAGCAGCGGAAGAGGCGGGGGCGGAGGGGCCAAAACCAGCAGCAGCGCGCGCAGCUUCUGCUGCCAGCGCUGCUGCAUCCAGGGGUGGCUGCGCGCGCGCUGCUGUGCCACGCGCUUUGGUCCUCGACUCGUUCCCUCUUGCUCUCUCCUCCCUCGCCGCUUUCCCCGCUCUUCGCUCAUCCUCCCCCCCCUCCUCCUGGUCACGAUGCCUGUUCCGUCUCCUCUCCUUCGCCUCAUCCUCGCUACUGUCACUCCCGCUACGCCGUACACGCGCUCUCCGCCCGCCCCCCUUCGCCCCUCGUCCCUCACUCCCCUCCUCGCCCCCUUUCCGCCGCCCCUUCUUCCUCUCCCCCUCCGAUUCCGAAUCGCUUUCACUCGCGGACUCGCUCCCCCUCCUCCGCCUCCCGCCUGUGCUGCGACUGUCUCUCCCGCCUCUCCCGCUUUUCCCGCCAUCGCGAUCGCCGCCGCGUAGCUUCCCCCGCUCCGCCUCUUCGUCCUCGUCGUCGUCGCUGGCAGAUCGCCGCUUCUCGCUCCGACGCCGAUCCGCAUGUUUCGAAGCAUGCCGGUCCGGCUCUCCUCCCUUCGCCUUCUCCCUCCUCUUCUCCUCUUUCCCCCUUCCUUCUCUCCUCUCCUCCUCUUCCUCGUCCGACGAAUACCUUCGUCGCACGCGUCGCCCACGAUCGCCCCGCCGGUCGACCCUAA